AUGCUUGACAUAACACGAGACAAACCCGUUAAAGUUUGCGUGCGUGUGGUCGUACCUGUGAGGGAUCACCCCAAAUUUAACUUCGUGGGUAAGCUGCUGGGCCCCAAAGGAAAUUCGCUAAAAAGGCUGCAAGAAGACACAAUGUGCAAAAUGGCGGUUUUAGGACGAGGAUCGAUGAAAGAUCGCCAAAAGGAGGAAGAGCUUCGCGUUUCUGGAGAUCCUAAGUUCGCGCAUCUCUCAGAUGAGCUGCACGUCGAGAUCAGCGCGUUCGCUACACCGGCGGAGGCACACGCUCGUAUUGCGUAUGCUUUAGCCGAGUUAAGAAGGUUUUUAGUACCGGACUAUAACGAUGACAUUAGGCAAGAGCAGAUGCUAGAGAUGCAGAUCUUAUCAUCUCAAAACGAGCAAAGACGAUUAACACCGCCCGACUCUUCGAGGAGCGGCAGCGAGGAAACUCUACCCCUGCGAGACAACGGGAAUAAACAAAGGAUAACCACAGCCCCGCUGACUCCUGUGCAGGCAACGCUUCCUGCCUUAGUGAACCAUAACGCAAAUAACAGGGACUUCUCCCCUCCAGCUCCGACUCCUGCGCCUGAGCACUUGUCUGCUCAUCAUCAGCUAGCGCCGAGCCACGCGGGCCACGGAGUUUUGGUCGGCGGGGGCGUGUUACAGCAACCUCCCACACAUCAUUUGCUCACACAGAAUUCUAUAUUAGGGGGAGGUGAUAUCCUCGGUCUAAGCAGCCCAGUGCUAGGAGGGAUGUUGCACGCUCAUCCCGCUCUACGCGGCGUGAAGCCGGCCGCCGUGCACGCUCUCGCCACGCAAGGUGCGGGUGGGUCGGUGGGUGGGGUUGCGAGCGGGCGCAAGCGGCCUCUGCUAGGCGCUCGGGCCGCCAUGUCGCCGACUAAGCGCGCUGUAAUGACGCUACUCGCACGCGCCCGCGCAGCAACUCACAAACAUGCAACGUGGCCUGCGCCGGAG